GGCUCCUGACGAUCCAAUGGCCCGUCGCAUGAGUCGCCCGCGAUCGAUGCAGGCCUGUCUCUCUUGCAGGUCUCGCAAGGUCCGCUGCGAUGUCUCGACGCGCGACCAACCCUGUACCAACUGCCAUCUGGAUGGAAAAAACUGUCUUGUUGUCGGGAGGGCAUCGCGAAUCCAAUCCCAAUACGGCGAGCGAAUAGAUGCAAUGCCUCUAUCAGGAACCGCAUCUUCAGAACCAACUUCGAUUGAGAGUCACAGACAGGCUGCGAGCGACGCCGGAUCAAUCCACCACAGAAAGCGCCGUACCGAUGGGAAUCAGGGGCCGUCCACGGUACUCUAUUCUCACUACCGAUACCUAUCCGUCGGCAACCUGCACAGCAUUCCCCAUCAGGAUGUCAGCUAUCUGGAGGCCCAGGGAUGCUUACACGUGCCUACUCGCCCGACGUUGGACAACUUCGUAGAACAAUACUUUGCCCAAAUGCAUGUCCUGCUCCCCUUGAUUCAUGAAGGCGAAUUCUGGGACAUGUAUUCCGACAAAGGCGACGUGGUGCCUCUGCGAACGAUAUCUCUGCUGGUAUUCCAGGCCAUGCUGUUUGCCAGCUGUACUGACAAAGGUAUUUCUUUCCCUGGCAAUAUUGUGAGAGUGCUCAUGCUAAGCCAAAUGGCCUCACAGCUUCUCUACGAUUUAGAAACGGAAUCCGAACCACUUCCACUGGCACAAGCCGCGCUCUUAAUGAUGGGCUGGGUUCCACCGUCCAACACAACUCUCAAUCCGUACCAAAAAUGGCUGGCAAUCGGCAUCCAGCACGCGAGAAGCAUCAACGCAGACCGUUAUGCGGAAAGCUUGGAAUCGGCCACCCCCCUCUCGCCGGACCAAAGCAUGCACCACAAUGCACUUCGUCGUCUCUGGUGGUGUUGCAUUAUCCUCGAUCGACUCUCUCCCCUCUGUACACGUUUCCGGCUCCACAUUACACACGAUCGGUUCGACUUCAAGAACAGUAUACCCCUGGGGAUGUCGGAUCUAGAAGGGGAGAUGUAUCGGUCAAGUAUCUUCACGCCGGCAACUAAGCGACAGCACAUUGCCCUGUUCUCCAAAUUCCUGGAAUUCAUUGUGAUACUUACAGACGUACUCACCUUGGUAUUUCCAUUUGAAGACUCUGUUAUGAGCAAGUGGGAAUCACAAAAGUCGGACCAUGUCGUGGUUGAAAGAUCCGACGCCUUAUUAAAGGAUUGGUAUGCGCGCACCAGUGCGCAAUUUCCUCCCCAUGAAGAUACCCAGACACAGCGCCCCGGCAAGAGAGAGAGAGACAAGUCUUUUAUAUUGCACACUCAGCUCAUGUACAUAUACUAUCAGUGUAGCACCGCCGCCAUUGCCCUCUGUCAUUAUAAAAUACUGCGUGAAUCUGUCAAUUUACAGCCCAUCAAUGAAGCAACCAACGAUGCUGAACAAACCAUACAGCUGGACAAACGGUGUAAAGAGUUGCAGGACAGCACCUGCAAGAUGACACAAUGUUUUGGCAACUUAACCCAACGUCGCCUAACUCGCUGGCUUCCAAUAACCGCAGUUGCGUGCCUUGCAACCCCUCUAGCAUUGCAUGUUAUGACUGCAAGACUAUCAUGUCUGAGCAAGGAAUUGACCUUUGAUCCUCUCAGUGGGUCGAAUUCGAUUUCGGUGACGAACCAAAGUCGCUUGGACGUCUUAGUUGAGGCGAUGAAGACGUUUGUGCCACAAUACGAUGGCGUGGAGUGGGUAAAAGAAGUAGCAAGACAUGUUGCAAACCUGGCUCAAAUUAAUAGCCAAUCGCUGUGCCAGGCCGACCGGGCAUCUAUCACAGACUGGAGCCAGAUGUUAACGAGUCAGCCAAACACGUACUUGCGGAUGACCUGGACGGUAGAUGUCUGCAUGAGCAAAGGGAGGCUACCGGAAGAACGUGACUUUCCAGCGUGGCUCCGCGACCAGCUGAGCCUAGCCAAGGGACCCAAACCUCAGUCGCAACGCGAACAGCCUCGGGUCUUAUCCCUGGCCGAGCCGAGGACGUUUGAGCCGGUUUUGAACUACGACCCGCAGCAAUCCAUCGACGACCUCAUCCCGUCCCUGGCAGAGUUUCUCCCCACUGCACAGGUGCCUGGAGGUGAAAAUGACAGCUCAGAGUUUCUUACAGGGUCAAUCAAUGCUAUAACACAGGGGUAUUCUGGUAGCCAGAUACGGGAUCGCGACAUGUUUGCUGACGGGGCAUCGCAGCCGAUAGAUGUGGACGGAAUGGAAUGGGCCUUGUUCGGAGUCAUGGAGGACUUGGUCGAAAAGUAG